GGCAUUAGGAAUGGAGACUUUCCUCUAUUAUGGGGGGAAACUCCUCUUUGAGGUGUGUCUGAAGAAAUAUAAAGAGUACCAAAGAGACCAAAAAAUAAAACGCAUAGAAGAACUUGCGUUGCUGCAAAGGAGAGAGCUGGCUGAAAAAGAUGCGACUAUAAGAACUUUGGAAGAGGAGAACAGCCAUUUAGCCAGCAAAGUGGCUGUUCUAAUAAGGGAGAAUGAGGAGCUGGAGAAGAAAAUAAAAGACAAUCCAGAAAGAGAUGCUGACAGAGAUAUGCCUAAGGAGUACAAGGUGCUAAAGGAGAAAUACGAGAUGUACCAGAAAGUCAUCAGAAGAGCAAAGACUGAGGUUUCAAAAGAAAUUGAAAAAGCCAGAGAACUGAUAAGGGCUCGGGAUCAGGCAAUUGAUGACAUCUGCUCCGAAAUUGUAUCCCUACCAGUCCAGGGAAGACCAAGACGUCUCUGCCAGAGAAGAGUCCACAGAAACACCUGAUUGCGUUCAAAAGAAUCUAGGCAUCAAGCUGUCGGCCGCCGGCCCCUCCAGCAACCGAAUCAGAGGAGGAAGUGGAGUGGGAUAUUUUAUGAACAAAGUAUUGGCCCUAUCAUAACUUAUACAAUUUAACAAAUUCAAAUACAUUUUACUCAGUUACAA